GUAGAUAAGAGAGAGAGAGAAUGAAAAAUUUGAAGUUUGAAUUGAACAAACAAACACACUCAACGACGACGUUUACGAUGCAAAAUCCACAACUACCCUUUGGCCUUGAGUUGUGCACAUAGAUAGAAAAACACAAACAAACAAAUUAUCCCUCAAUCAAAUUAUUUCUAGGGUUUCAAAUUCCAAAUCAUUCAUUCUUUCAUUCUUCCCUCCAAACCAAACAUUCAUAUAAUAUAAUUCUUCUCUCCAUUUCCUCAACCACACACACUUCUUCAAGAUUUGUGUCCAAUCGGUUGAUCCAAAGGGGAAGAAGAAGAAGAAGAAAGAGAAGGUGUUUGGCAAGGAGGGAGGUAUAAACUAUAAACAAACAAACAAUGCAACCAUUUCAGAUUCUUGCUGUUUGAAUGUAUUGUUAUUAUUGUUAUUAUAAUAAUAUUAUUAUUAUAAAAUGGAUUUGGAAUCUUUCGACGAUUCUUUGAAUACCAAAACAUGCAAAUGUCGCGACUGCAAUUGCGAAUGCUGCUGCUCCGAAGGGAGAACGGAUUGGAUCCGUUCUGUGAAACGGAAACACGAUGAGUCGGAAAAGGCGAAAAAGUUGAACAACAGCGGUGGUGAUGGCGUUGUUCGUGUUGAAAUUGGGGACGAAUGUGUUGCCUUACGACAGGCGGUUAGCGGUCAGCAAAAAGCAAUUCAGGAUUUGUAUUCUGAAUUGGAGGAGGAGAGGAAUGCUGCUUCGUCUGCAGCGAAUGAAACAAUGUCGAUGAUAUUGAGGUUGCAGACUGAGAAAGCUGAACUUGAAAUGGAAGCGCGGCAAUUCAAGCGAUUUGUUGAGGAGAGGACUAGUCAUGAUCAGCAGGAGAUUUUAGCUUUGGAGGAAUUGUUGUAUAAAAGGGAACAGACGAUUCAUUCGCUUACGUGCGAAAUUCAGGCUUAUAAACAUAGAUUGAUGAGUUAUGGUUUAACUGAGUCAGACGUGGAAGGUGAUUAUGAUUUUCCACCUUAUGAGUAUCCUCCUUUGAAAUGUAAUGUAAUGCAUGCUGUCACGGACGCUGAGAAUGAUGAUGUUCUUGAUGUUGAUGUUGAGAAGUAUGCGUUUGGGGAAACUCCUAGGGAUCGUUUGAGGAGUUUGGAGAAUAGGAUAUCUCAAAUGGAGAGAACUCCAACUUAUAGUCAGAUGGAAGGUGAUUUCGGCACAAAGAAUAUUAUAGAGAAGGUAAUAGUCGGACAAUCUCCUAAAACAAAUAUACAUUCAAGGAAAUUUUCAUGUGACUCGUCCUCGUUUGGCCCCGAGUUUGUGUCGGAUUCUCCCAGAUUCAAUGGCUGCAUUAAGAAGAUGAAUAAUGGGUCAGAGGAUUUCUCCAAUUUUAAGAAGAUGGAUAAUGUGUCCGAGGCUGGUGAUAAUAUGACUGAUAGAGUUUACACUGUUGACUCUGAAUUCAAAGGUGGUGUUGGUGGUUACGAUGAGCAUUUAACAACUCCAAGGGAGUUUGGAAAUCAGGGCGAUUUUGAAGAUCCAUAUGUAAAGAAGCUUUACAUACGGCUUCAAGCACUUGAGGCGGAUAGGGAAUCAAUGAGGCAGGCAAUCAUUUCGAUGCGUACUGAUAAAGCACAGCUUGUUUUGCUCAAGGAAAUAGCUCAACACUUGUGCAAAGAGAUGUCAGAUCAGAGGAAAGUUACCGUGAAAACCUUUGUUGGCGGCAUCUCAUUCUUCACAAUCUUUAAGUGGGUUGCUUCAAUUCUUUUCUGGAGAAAGAGAAGUCAUCAAAUCAAGUAUAUGUUUGGGCAACCAUCUAGCAGUUCUGGCAUGCUAAUGCUCCUCGACAAAGGACCCAAUGUAAGGUCGUGGAGAUAUGUUUCAAGAGUACAAUUGGGAGAAUAGUUUACAGGCUAGGUUCAUAUUGGGAGCACCAAAAUUAAUCUCCAUCACACUAUGCUACGAGAAUGUUUCGAGAGCACAAUUGGGAGAAUAGUUUACAGGCUAGGUUCAUAUGUGGGAGCACAAAAUUAAUCUCCAUCACACUAUGCUAUGAGAUUAUUAUUUUCUUCUUUUUUCACCGUAGAUUAUUUUUCUCUCGUAGGAGUGUUGUUUUGUGCCGUGUUUUCUGUUGUAUGAAAUUGAAUGUAUGUAAUAUUGUAAUUUACUGGUUGAUUGGUGAAACAUGGAUAUGAUUUGGCAUUUGAGCAUUCUCUCUCUUAUGGUUUGUUGUAUUGUAGUUGACUAGUUGAGAAUGUAUAUACCUUUAGACAGUCCUCUCAUGUACAUGCCAUGUUGUAAGUGUCCUCACUCCUUCGUACAUUAUAUUACUUUUCUUAGAAAGUAGCAGCGUUCUUUGUUGGAAA